CACUUCAAGCACUCCAGUCCAGUCCCACUCGACACUCCGAGCUUAAGCAAGCGCCACCAAGCAGAGCCAUGGCCACUACGAGCCAAGAUAACGCCAAUAGUCAACGGAUCGAGUUCCCCUCCGGCCGCUCGAUCUCCUCCGAGCGGGAGCACGGCAUCAUCGUCGCCGCGCUGCGGCACGUCCUCUCCGGGUACAGCACGGCGCCGCCGGAGAUCGUCCCCGCUGCUUCCUGCGGGAUGUGCGGCAUCGACGGCUGCCUCGGGUGCGACUUCUUUGGGACCGAGCCGGAAGUGACGGGGCGGGCGGCGGUGGUACCAGCAACCCAGCAGCGGAAGAGGAGGAGGAAGAAGAACGCCUACCGCGGCGUGCGCCAGCGGCCGUGGGGGAAAUGGGCGGCGGAGAUCCGCGACCCGCGCCGCGCCGUGCGCAAGUGGCUCGGGACCUUCGACACCGCGGAGGACGCCGCGCGGGCGUACGACCUCGCCGCGCUCGAGUUCCGCGGCCCGCGUGCCAAGCUCAACUUCCCGUGCUCCGACCCUCUGCCGCCUGUUCCUCAUCACGGAAACGGCAUUGCCGGUCAUUCUACCGCGGUGCCGGAAAAUGAGGAGACUCUGACGCCGUCGCCGUGCAGCGCGGAAGCUGAAGAGAGGACGCCGGAAGAGUGCCUGCAGCUGGGUGUGGACGGAGCCGGCGACCAGCUGUGGGAAGACUUGCAGGAUUUCAUGAAGCUAGAUGGAGACGACCAAUGGUUCGGGACAUUUUCAAGUUCAGCAUCUUGUAUCUGAGCUCCUGUAUGUCAGGAUGUUAGAUAUAAGUUGUCGGAUUAGAGUAACUGACAACCGCACUGAUUUAAUCGUGUAGCUCUAGUGCACAUUUUUGGGACAACGCAUAGCAAGUACUUACGUUCAUUCGUUAGAUUGAGUAUGAGCAAAUUGUCUCUAGCCCAAUGUACUUUUAACAUGUCAUUUGAGAAAGGAAAAAGUUUGUUCUAA